AUGCUGGGCAUGGCAGUGCGGCUCUGGGUCCUGCUCAGCCUCUUCAGCAUUGGGAAAGGCCAGAUGUUUCAUAUGGGACCAUGCCCAGAUCCAUCAGUUCAAGAAGAAUUCGAUAUCAACAAGUAUUUGGGGAAAUGGUACGAGAUAGAGAAGCUGCCCUCAACUUUUGAGAAAGGAAGCUGCAUCCAGGCAAAUUACUCAUUGAAGGAGAAUGGGAAGUUCAAGGUGAUCAACAAGGAGAUGCUAGCCAAUGGCAAAAUCAAUGAAGCUGAAGGAGAGCUCAUGCACAUGGAUGUAAAGCAGCCGGCCAAGCUGGGCGUCCGCUUUAACUGGUUCAUGCCUGCCGCCCCUUACUGGGUCAUCUCCACUGACUAUGAAAAUUACUCCCUGGUUUACUCCUGCACUAACAUCCUCUGGCUCUUCCACAUGGACUAUGCCUGGAUUCUGUCAAGAGCUCCUGACAUGCACCCAGAAACGGUGGAGCAGCUGAAGAGUGUUCUCCAGUCCUACAAGAUUGACACUGACAAAAUGAUGCCCACUGAUCAAGCCAACUGCCCUGCUGAGAUGUAA